UGAACCUUUCAUAAAAUAAUUAUAGAAUUUGUGGACUUUAAUUAUUUGUGGUUUUCAUUUCCCCCCCUUGCGUGGGUUUGGCAUGGGGUUUUAGAUUUUAUUGGAAGUACUUGUAUUUUACUAUUGUUUACGAAAAGGUAUCUGCAUUUUUCUCCAAAAAGCAGGCCGCCCAAGUUGUUUUGCUCCCGUGUGCUGCUGUUGAUAUUGAAUUUUUGAAGAAUUUUUAGUUUCUUUCAUCGAAAUCAUCAUACCAUUGGUUGAAUUAGAGGCAUGGGAAGUUCUGGGGAGUGCAGAGCUAAAUCCAUUGACGUUCCGGCGGGCGGGUUGGUUUGGGUCCGCCGGCGAAAUGGACAGUGGUGGCCGGGCCAAAUCUUGGGCCCGGAAGAGUUGCCCGAGGGAAGUUCGGUUUCUGGGAGAUCUGGAACUCCAGUUAAACUCCUUGGAUUAAAGGAUACAUGUAUAGACUGGCAUAAUCUUGAGAAUUCUAAGCGAGUUAGGGCUUUUCGUUGUGGGGAGUAUGAUAAGUGCAUUGAGAAGGCUUUGUUAGUUGCAGCUAGUGGUUCUAGGAAGGCAGUGAAAUAUAACCGCAGAGAAGAUGCCAUUCUUCAUGCUCUUGAGAUUGAAAGAAGUUCUUUGGGAUUAGAUAAGCAAAAUGGAGGGCAAAAUCUUAUUGGAGAGUUACCUGCUUCGUCCCGAGAAGGAAGUGAAAAUGUGAAUGGGGAUUAUUGUAUCUCUGAAGAUAAUUCAAGUUCAAAACCGAAAUUAUCUCACUCUAGUGUAUCCUUUGAGGGGACAAAUUGUAGGGUGCAGGGGCAGCAAAAGACCCCAAAUGAUUCAGAAGAUGAUGGAAUUGAAGGCGCUCAACGUAUGAAAGGUCUUGAUGACCUGGGGAUGGGUGUGGUGCAAUCGGCGAAAAGAAAGAGAUCUCAGGUGGUGCGCAUUAAUGAGUGUCUGAAAAAGAAAAGCCGCUGUCGUCCCUUGACGAAGGUUUUGCAGAGUACAACCAUGUUAUCGGUUCCUAUUAUGUGUGAAGAAGUUCCUAGUCCUAUUGGAGCAGCUCUUGACAAAGCCCCCAAUGGCAAGGCGAUGGUAAUUAAUAAUAAAUCAAACAGUGCAGGCGCAUUAUGUGAAAAUGGAACAUCAUCUAAUGCAUCUGGGGACUCUUGUGGUAAAUGCAAGCGGGAGAAUGAGAUAUCAGAAACUUUGGAGUUUGCUGAGAGUGAUUAUUCAAGGAGGUUGUUUGAUGUUCCUUUCUUUGCGGAAGGCUCAUCCCCGAUUGUACCCUGUGCUUCUCAGAAAGGUGAGGUCAGUGCUGGAGCACCAUCCAGCGAAAGUGGUCAAGUUGAAACCAUGUCUUGUGGAGGUGGUGAGCAUAAUGAGUUGGGUUGUACCAAUUUAGGUAAUGCAAACAUCCUUGAUAGUGGACCGAGGAUGGGGAAGGAGACUUCGAAGUGGCAAUCAAAAGGAAAAAGAAACUUUCGGCAAUCAAGUAAAAGGGUAGAUUCAGGGAAUGCCAUGGACACGAGCAAUGAAUCCGAUGCAUGCUUGGCAGGUAUGGAUCAAGAUGCAUUCGCUCCUGGUCAGAAAGUUCAUUGCAAAAAUAGCCCUCACAAAGAAUCUCAAAUGAAGGGACCAACUGCUGAUUUGCCUAUUCCGCGAAGAUCACUGCCUUAUCGCCUGUCUCGUUUUGUGGUUAACCCUAAGUAUGAAUCACCCGAUUUCUCUCUUAGGCACCACGUUACUGAUUCUUCAUUGACUGACGUUAAAGUGGAGGUGAAAUCCUGCUACCGCACACGCCAUAUCCCUUACAUUUCAUUAAUGAGCAAAUUAAAUGGCCAGCCUAUCACAGGUCACCGACUUGCUGUUGAAGUUCUAGACGAUGGCUUCUGUGAUCAGCUGCUCGUGAGCGCUGCUGAAUGCUAUAGCAACUGUCACGACUUGGAUGAUGAUUCUGCUCCAAAAGGUGUCGAUAUGGUCAACAAAACGAAACCAAGUUUUGGUGGUAGGGUUCCUGCAAAGCACAUCAGACUUCAACCUCGCGCCUCGCCAACCAAGUCAUCAAAAUCAAAAAAAGAAGGCAUGCUCUCGAAGAAGGUUCGUAAGUUGUCUUCAUUGACUGGUCCUCGCAAGCAAAAUCGAGCGAAGAACCCCACAGUACAACAGCUUAGAGGCCCCGCAAAUCCCGCAAUCACAUGCGUUCCCUUGAAAGUGGUGUUCAGUAGAAUUAAAGCCGCGCUUAACAGUUCAAUACAACCAGCCCACCGCCUUAUCGCACCCAGCAUUGGUUGAAUCUUCUUUCUUGGAUUGAGCUUAGGUUUUGUGUGAAAGUUUAGUUGUGUAGGUGGCUUAGUAUAGUAUACCUGUUUCAAAUGAAACAUGGAGCUCCGUCGCUUUUGCAGUGUACAUAAAAAUUUAAGGUUGGCUACUUAGCUGAAGGUGUAAAGAACAGUGAUUUGAUGUUGGGUUUUUGGUGAUGUUUUAAUAACUCUGAUGUUCUUUAGUUUUUGCUAUUAGACAUGGAACUGAGUUUAUA